CCGCCCGGGCCGCGGCACUGCUCACCGCUCACCUCCCGCUUCUCCCGCUUGCUCUCCCGCAGCCGCUCCGCCAGCUGCUCGGCCUGCACCGUCCCCGCCGCCGCCGCCGCCCGCCCGCUGCCACAGACGAAUCCACCCAGACUGGCAGAAAUCAUGGAGGAGACAACAGGAUGGGACAGGUAUAGAUGGGCCGCUCCGGAUGACGAGGAGCAGCCGGCGGCCACGCUGGCCCCGAGCCAGCUGUACACCCAGCAGGGAGGCAGUGAGGAGCGGGCACAUCCCCGUGACGAUCCCUACGCUGAGGCCUCCUUCGUUUUGGGGGUGCAGCCAGCCCCUCCUACAUUUUCUGAGCACCGGAGGGGAACCAGGAGGCUGGUAAUGAAGAGGAAGGUGCUGAGGCGCAGACCUGACGGUGGAGUGGAGGUCUCUGAUGAGUCAGUGACCAGCGAGCCGGAGAGCGAGGUUUGCAGCCUGAAGCAGAAAAUGCUUCAGCCAAGGACUGCUCCAGAAGAGAGCAUCUCCGAGGGGGAAAUCGAGACCAGCAGCAGCUCCCUUAAUGAAUCCCCAUACUGGUUACCCCGUGGGGACAGUCCCCCCUUUCUCCUUGGGGAUAUCGGGAGCCGGAGCUCUCGCACUUCUCAGUACACUGCUGUGGCAGAACAACCCAAGUCCUUCAUUCCUCCCCGGUUUGAGCUGCUGGGACGCAACCGGGGGAAAACCGACCGAGUGGCCAAAUAUUUUGAAUAUAAAAGAGAAUGGGAGAAAUUCCGAAUCCCGGGGGAGGAUCAGCGUCAAGAACUGCGCUGGAGCAUCCGGGAGCAGAUGCUCUGCAAGCCCGAGCUCCCCAGCAAGCCACAGCACCUCUACAUCCCCAACACUUACAUCGUGCCGACCGAAAAGAAAAGAGCAGCCCUGCGCUGGGAGGUGCGCUGGGACCUGGCCAACGGCCUCAUCCCCAGAAAAACCACCUUCUCCUAGUUUCCCAAAGCCCUGCUCCACACGAACCAUCUUUUAAGUGCAUGCGUGCCGCUCUCCCGAGUACUUUUUCUUCCUUCCUCAAAAUCCUCAAUAAUUUGGAGAAUCCCAUUUGUGUUUCAAGUGGGUUCAAUUCUGGUUAUUAAAACUUUACCCCGCGCCUCGGGUUGUUGGACUGCCUGGGUAAAACGUCCCCGCCUCCCUGCCGCCGCAUCCAGAGCAUCUUUCCGAAUUAAGAUUAGACGGGAUGGGGAGCAGGUGCCAAAAAACCACGCAGUCUGCGAAACUUUGAGUAUGAGGAGAAAUAAGAAUGUAAUGAGUCUGGUGAUUUGGGGCACGUAAUUGCCCCUGGAUUGUGUGAGCUAUUAAGGAGGUUUUAUUUAUGGUGUCUUGGCAAUAUCUUUCUUUAAUAAAGCGUGUGGAAAGAUU